AAGAAGACAAGAUUGAGAGGGACAGACUUUUUUCUUUUUUCACAUGAGAAGCUCACUUUCACGUUAAACUCGUCAUCUUCUCUUAUCAGCAGGAUAUAAUAUAGAGAGGUAAGAUGGAUAUCGAUUUUGAGACAUGUGACAUGUAGUAUUUUCGUAUUUUUGUAUACACUUUCAUAUUAAUUCGAAAUUCCUGUUCUUUUUAAAAGAUUUCUCACCAGCUCUGUUAAAUGUCAACACAACACUGAGCUUAUACCAAGCGUUUUAUUUUCAAAGCCUUUAACAUUGAAAUCAGCUCGUGAAAUGCUAAUUUUGCUUUUUGCAACCCGCGGAAACAACUUUGAAGAUGACUACCACAAAAAGUAAAAUCCAUUGAUAUGUUAGCGAAAGUGAAUAAACAUAUUUGUCUUCGUAAAAUCUAUUUUAUAUUAUAAGUGAAAUUUUAUCACCAAAGCACACCCUAAUUGUACUGUAUAAAGUUGUUGAAUCAAAUUUCAAUCACUCUAGAAUAAUUGUCUUAGUAUUUAAACUAGAAAAGGUAUGAACAAAACAUUGACAAAUACUGUAAACUUGUCAUAGGUAGCUAUGUAGAAAUUGCUCUGGUUGAUAACAUUCUAAUGGUCCUUCUCUUAUUUCAGUUCAUGUGACAAAACAAGCUAUCCAUUGUGCCAUUAUUAAAUGCUGUGAAACAUUUUCAAUAACCCAAAACACAGUAUUUUUCAGCUGUUUGAAGCUGAUCUACAAAAACGAAAGUUAAACGACCCAAAAAUGAAACUUAUGAACGGGAAGCAUAGAAACGGCCGUACAUAGACUGCAUCUAUCGCUCAGACAUGCUCAGACAUGCUUUCAAUGAGAGUGACAGAUCUACAACUCACAUUUCUAUGUGAAUUUGGUUGCGUCGCCCAAAAACCGACAUACUUGCGCCUAGAUUACGCAUUUUAUUAAUUGAGCCUUUUCAGUCUUGUUUGUGUUUGUGCCCAUUGUUGUACUUUGUAUCAUAGCAUCAUAAAGUGGCUGCCAAUCCUGAUUACCAAGCAAUUGAUUUGCCAAGAGAUAGAGAUAAAGAAAAUAUAGGUUCUGUCCCAGGGGAAACGGAUACAUUGCUGCCAACCCAAGUAACUGAUAACAUGAGCUCGGAUGAAACGAGCAGGAACAGUGAUCGGUCCAUGUGUCAACCAAUAAAGUUCAACCGUACCUCUGUGAAAUGGAGCCAACAGGUGGAGACAGAGUACUCACUGUAUACAGUCGCCUCAGCAGACAGUGAGAUUGAUUUAUAUGGAUCUGGUCUUCAUAUAAAUCAGAGCCCUACGGUUGAGGACCCUCUGCCUGCUUUAGGCCAGAUGCAGGAUAGCAGAAUAGUACAUGGUACCAGACUGGACUGUACCAUAUGUGUGCAGCACAGUGACGAAGCUGUGAAGUUCUGCCAGGACUGCAAGGCUACUUUCUGUGAGAACCAUGUUAGAGACCACUACCAGGCCCCGGGACUGAUGAAACACACAUUGGUGGAGGCCACUGAAGGAAGGAAAACUGUUCCAAAUGUAGACCAUCACGUCCAUGAAACAUAUGUUGAAACAGAACAAACUGCGACUCAGGUCUGCUCAUGGAAAACAGCCUUCUUCAUCAGUCUUCUGGGGAUUCUCAUACUGGUACUUGCCCUGGUAGGACUUGUAUGUUAUACACGAUUGUGUGUCACUGUACACGGGUCUGAGGUGGAAUUACAGCAACGGAUUGUUCUGCUGGGGAAGUCUGGAUCAGAGAAGAGAGCAUCAGGAAACACCAUCCUGGGAAGAGAGGCCUUUAGAGUGGAGGCUUCACCUUCGUAUGGGCCACAGUGUGAGGAACAAGAUGCUGUUGUGGGCCGAAAUAACAUAACUAUGAUUAACACCCCAGAUGUGUUGGCAUCUGAGGAAGUUGCAGGUAAAGUAGCUCAAUGCAUCAACAUCUCAACACCUCACAUGUUCCUGCUGGUGAUCAGGUUGUGCAACUGGUGCACAGAAGAGGAGAAGAAAACGGUCAAAUGGAUGAAUGAGAACUUUGAGGAGGAGGCCCUUAAAUACACCAUGGUGCUGUUCACUGGUGGAGACCAGCUAGAAGGGAAACCAGUGGAGGAGUAUCUAAAGGACAACAGUGAUUCCCUAAAGCUUCUCAGUAUGUGUGGUGGUAGACAUCACGUCUUCAUUAACAAAGAAAAGAAUGACCUCACUCAGGUCACAGAGCUGCUGGAGAAGAUAGACAGACUAUUGAAUGAGAAUAGGGGAUACUAUCAUGUGACAAACAUCUUGACCCGGAGGGAAGAGGAGAUCAGGAGGAGGGAGGAGGCUCUGAGAAAGAUACUGGAACAGGAGGUUAGAAAGAGGGAUGCAGCCAUAGCAACGAUAAGAGAGGAGGAGGAGAAAAGGAGGGAGACUGAAGAGAGAAAAGUCUGUGAGGGGGAAGAUGAAGGGAGGAAGGUCAUUGAUAAUCUGGCAUUGAAAGUCUCAGGCUCAAAAAUGUAUGUAGGAGUAACAGUGAUCACAAUGAUCAUACUGAUUGUCCUUUAAUGAUCCUAAACUGAACAUUAGGGAGUCUCUUCAUUCAUCAUCUGAACAUUAGAGAGUCUCUUCAAUCAUCAUCUGAACAUUAGAGAGUCUCUUCAUUCAUCAUCUGAACAUUAGAGAGUCUCUUCAUUCUUUAUCUGAACAUUAGGGAGUCUUCAUUCAUCAUCUGAACAUUAGGGAGUCUCUUCAUUCAUCAUCUGAAUAUUAGGGAGUCUCUUCAUUCAUCAUCUGAACAUUAGGGAGUCUCUUCAUUCAUCAUCUGAACAUUAGGGAGUCUCUUCAUUCAUCAUCUGAACAUUAGAGAGUCUCUUCAUUCAUCAUCUGAACAUUAGGGAGUCUCUUCAUUCAUCAUCUGAACAUUAGGGAGUCUCUUCAUUCAUCAUCUGAACAUUAGGGAGUCUCUUCAUUCAUCAUCUGAACAUUAGGGAGUCUCUUCAUUCAUCAUCUGAACAUUAGGGAGUCUCUU